UUCUCUGCUAUACUACACCUCUCCAUCGAGCAACAUCUGUUUCAAGCCAUAUUUGUUGCACAGAAUAUAGAAUAACAGCCAGGGCGCAUUGCACAAUGGCACUCAAGCGGAAACGAUCUUCGCCGGCCUUCUCUUCGCCAGGUUCAGACGGCAGCGACGUGACGAUGCAGUCAAGUCCACUGUCAUCUUUCUACCACCAGUCCAAGCCUGUCGACGCCAUAUUGACCAAACCAACGUGGUCUUGGCCAACAUACGAAGACUCGCCCUCGCAUCUUAACAGCCGUACGCGUAAACGCCACCGAGCACGCCCAGAUGAGGAGCAGCUUUGUGCCAAAACUAUCAAUCGACUGUUCGAAGCACAAAGACAAUUCCCUCACGCAGCACCCAUGGCUUCUGCGCCUGCCACUUCGACCAUGACAUCCGAGACUCCUACACAACGAACAACUCUGCACUCCUUCUGGAACUUAGGGCAGCGUUCGAACGACACACCAAUGACUGUCCGAACUUCGAGAGUCGAAAUUCCGUCAGACGUCAUAACAUGUGAGGAUUGCGACCAAAAUGUACGACCAGACGAUGCCAUGGAUCUGGACAACGGCAUCGUGGAGAAUGAGACGCGAUGCGAGGGCUGCUCUCGACAAGUCUGCGAUAUGUGCGCUGUACUAGGCGACCACAGAAUGUGUCUCAGUUGCGCUGGUAGGCCAUUCUGAGCUUCUCGCCGCGAAGUCUGUGCGAUAGGACUCCUUCAUCUGCGAGUCCGCAGCUGUACUCUCACGGCUUGAUAUCACCCA